AAUUGCAGGUAAUGAUAGUUCACCAUCGUCACCCGGCGAAACAAUAGGUACAUAUUGGCCUAGUGAACCACCUGAAGCUGCAUUAGAUGGUAAUUUAGAUUCAGAAUAUACCAAUCAUGGGAGUUGUAGUGGAACUAGUCCAGUACACGCUGAAUGCGGAAUAAAAACUGGUUUCUAUAUAACAUUCAACAGCGAACCGUUCAUUCUCGUGAAGUUCCGUAUAGUUACACACAAAGGUUAUCCAGAUCGAGAUCCAAACACAAUUACAAUUGAAGGUAGCAACAAUAACGAAUCCGAUUUAGUUUUUGGAAAAAGUUGGACUUUGAUUUAUGAUGGUGAUGCAGGUCUCACGAAAGAUCCAGGAAGACGAGCAUAUGGUGUUACACAAACAAUAUCCAAUAAUUCGUUGUCGUUUGCAAGCUAUCGUAUUCUCAUCACUUCAAAAAGAGGAGAACACGUUUGUGUUUCUUACUCAGAAUUUGAGAUGAUUGGACGAUUUCCUGAUUAA